GUCAAAAUAAAUAGCGACCCGGGUAAUGUUGGCAGGAAAGCUAAGUAAAUUUUCAAGUGCAUCUAAACGAGGUAAGCUGUCACAUAAAAGUAUUAUGUCAUUUUUUUCUAUAUUAUACAUAGUUUUAUCACUGUAUAGUCACUGUUUACUACGCGUCAUAAGUCAAAGAGAUAGCAGUACAAUGGCUGAAUUUCCAACAACACUAAAAGGAUUUGGCUACGCAUUCAACGCCGCCGGUGAAUUGCGUCAAAUCAAUCCCAAUGACGAAUCGAUCACCGAUAAACCAUUCAAAUUUGAAGUAUGCAAUGACGCACGCCGCAAUCAAGCCCAUUAUGAAGCUCUCGGAGAGGUCAUUACCGAACACGUUUAUCAAAUGCUGGUGGAAGAAGGCACAUUGCAUAAAAUAUUUCUACCAUCGCCUGAAUCGCCAACAUCAAGCUUUGUCUUUGGCACAAAAACCGAUUUCAAAAAUACAAAAAAAUUAUUGUUUUUGAUUCAUGGUUCGGGUGUUGUUCGUGCCGGCCAAUGGUCUCGCAGUUUGAUUAUAAAUCAAUCGAUAAAUCAUGGCACACAAUUGCCGUAUAUAAAACGCGCUAUUUCACUUGGCUAUGACGUUCUGGUGACAAACACAAAUCAAAAUGAAAAUCUAUCACCAGAAGAGCACAUUAUUACGGUUUGGGAACAAUUAAUUGCACCAGUCUAUGACACAAUUGAUUCAUUUGCUUUGGUUGCACACAGCUAUGGUGGGGUGGUUACGCUUAGAUUGGCAAAAAACUAUCCAGACGCAUUUUUGGAAAAGUGCUUUGCAAUUGGUUUCACUGAUUCAGUGCACUAUGCUGGCGGGCUCACAAAUAAUUUAUUCAAGUGGUUCAUAGAGAAUUCAAGAAAUUAUGUCACAUCAAUGAAGCCAUUGGGUACUGCAUUGUAUUCCAGUUCAAGUGACAUUCCAUCAUUUUCGGCUGGUCACAACAAACACGAAUGGACAUCAUGGGCUUGUAUGGAAGAGCUCUUUCCAUUUUUGGAAAGAAAAUACAAAGAAUUUGCAGCGUCACAAGAUCAUACUAAGAAAGUUAAAUUGUCAAAUGCCACGGAAACUGAGAGUGAAGAUGAUAAAGGUGAAGGCAACGAUUUAAACAGUCAUGAUAAUGAUAAAAAGGCUGACGGCGAUGAUAGUGGUGAAAAAACUGAGGGUGAAGGUAAAAGCAAAGACGAAGAAGAAUCGAAAAAAUCCGAAGAAACUGAUGAGGCACCCGAUAAACCUGAAACCGAAGAAGCAUCCGAUAAACCAGAAGAGCUGGAAAAACACGAAGUAGAGAAAACAGAGAAACGUGAAGACUUGUAGAGUUGAACUUUGAAAAAGAGCAAAACUUGUUGGAAAAACACAAAAUCACUCCAUUAUCAUUUUUCUUUGAUUGAGUUGGAAACGUUUGCAGCAAAUAACUUAAUAUGAAAUUCACAUCAAUUUAUGUAAAAUAAUAGUUUAAAUCAAAAAAUCAAAUCAAAACAAUAAA